UAACCUUCCAACGCCGAGCCACCAACGGCUCUUCUCUACAUUCCAACCCACUCCGCUCCUUUGCCUUAAGACAGAUUUCAAAACGAGCGCACCCUGUCAAGGUUGCUCUCAUAACAUUGGUUAGGGACAAGGAACAGGUCCAAUGUCGCACUGUCCGUAACCAACUCACCUCAGGAAGUUACCCUCGGCACCGCAAACCCGUUUACCGAGACACGACCUGUGUGGCAUGUCCUUUAGCCACGAUGCUACAUCGGAGUACAAACCUUAAAUAUGUGCUGAGCCUCUUCCCGGGGAAACGUCAGCUCGGGACGUACAGGUUCCUUCCCGUCUUCUUCUGCAUCGGAGGGGUGAUGGAGUGGAUCAUGAUCAACGUGAGGAUCGGAAGAGAAACCUUCUAUGACGUCUACCGAAGAAAGCGAUCAGAACGGGAGUACCAGCAGAAGAUAGCAGAUGGACUGAUAGUUCUCGCUGAGCCUGCAGUCAAGUCAACAUGAAUUUGAUGCAGACUGAACAUGUGUCUUAAAGGACACAGUCUUGGACUCUGGUUUACUAAGACAUCGUAUCACAGUUAUAAGCAGUCAGAUGAAAAAAUCUCGUCCAACAUGCAGGUUUUAUUGUUUAUAUGGUCUUUGGUUUAAGAAACAUUAGCAACACAGCAAGGCAGAAAAAAAAUGAAUCACAACAAAAGUAUAAUUUCAUGACAAGCAAACCCAGGUCUCAGUAUUGGUUUGACUGUGAAUCUGUUGAUCUAUUAUGUUGAAAACAUUGCAUAGCACCUACCAAGACAGAACAGUACAAACCUACCAACUUUUAACUGAAGAAAAAAAUUUAAAAAAAAAGAGCAAAAGGUAUUUAUAGACAUCUUGGAGGAUUUUGCACAGAUGUGUCUUAUACUGGCAGAUGGUGCCGAUAAGAAACAAAAAUCACAAUCUCUGUCUUUCCCUUCCCCUUAAAUCCGUUAUUUGAUCUCUGUUUAAUUCUACAAAAAAAGAGUCACAUUGUUUUGAACUGUAUUGUAGAUUUGAUUAUAUAAAAUGUAACUUAAGAACCGUA